CGUUUAUAGCAACAGCCAAUCAGGUGUCUUCACCAAUUAGUGUGUCAAUAAAACACCAUGUGAAGUUAAAAAGUAAACGAGACUCUGCAACCGAAGCGAUGCAGCGUAAACAUAUAUGCUUUUGCCAUGGCAAGCGGAAAUGGUGAUGAUGACUAUAACAGUGCCUUACAAAGGUUGAUGAAAGAAUGUUUGCCACCAAUACUGGUAGAAAUUGCUGAUAAAAGACCAUCUGACCCAAUACUAUACAUGGCACACAGUCUUCAUAAAUAUAGGGAGAAAGAAGAUAUACGUCUGUUUCAUUUGGAACAUUCAGGAAGCCAACAGGUUGAUGGAAAUUCUCUAAACACUAUGCAGUUGGAUUCAAACUGUCUAAGUAAAUCACGAGAUAAAACAGUAGGGCAUCAAGUUGCAGUGAAGGGAAUGAUUGUUGAAAGGGACUUGAUAGAUGUCAGUGAACAUUUUGAGGCAUUUAAUAUCAGUAACAAAAUAGUACAUCAACAUUGUUCAUAUAUUCUUAAACAGAUUGGUGAUAUCUUUGAUGAAGAUGAUAUUUCUUGACCAUUUUUAUACAUCUGUAGUUUUUUUCUUGACUUAGAUAUAUACCCGAGUUAUACAUUUUGUAUUUGUGGGCGUAAAAUGUGAAAUUGUUUGUAGAUAUUGUCACCAACCUUAAGAAGUUUUGAUCAUUUUUAUCUCAACAGGAGCAGUUGGAGAACAGCAAUGCUUGCUUGAUUUUUUAAAGGUUUGUCACUAAAAAAGUAAAAUGAAAACAUAGAUAAAAACAAAUAAAACAAGAGGCCUAAAUGGGCCAAAGUCACUCUUCUCAGGACAGUUACAUUUUGAUUUUGUCAGUUUUAAAGAGGAGUUCUACAGGUGUAUUUUAGCUAAUUUAUUGUUCUAUAGAAUGUAAUUAGUGUUGAGAUAGAAUGAAUUAGCAUAGAACUUAAGAUUUAAAUAUAAAAAGUCCAAAGUCCUUAAAACCAACACUUUUGGUGUUUUUAAUAUCUAAAACUUUAAUAUUUUAAGGACAUAUUUACAUAAAUGUGUAUUUUUGUGUGUUAAAUUUAGAAAAUGCAAUGUAUUUAGAACAAUCCCUAUGACUAUCAUUUUUUUGCCCCAAAAAUUUUGGGGUAGGGGCACUUAGAUUUCAUCUGCCUGUCUGCACUUACAAUAGGAUGGUGUUUUGGCUAGGAGAACAAUUGAUAACAGUAAUUCUAUUCUUUCUGUUUCUUUUAUGUGGCUGAAAUUCUGUUAUGUGGCUAAAAAUAACAACAGAGAGAACAAAAGAUUAGCCACAGAACUACUGUACAGAAAGAACAUCCUAAUUCUGUCUGUCAGUCUGAAUUCAUGUUGUGCAUAUCUCAAAAAGUAUUUGACCCAGAGUCAUCAAACCUCUAAGGAUUGUCAUUCAUCAUCUGAAAUCCUGCACCUGGUGUUUUAUAGGGAUUUCACACAGCCAGACCAGGGUUAUGGCCUUGGACUCAAACAGUCAAAAAGGCAUAACAGUUUGUGUUGCAUGUAUCUCAAAAAGUGUUUGACCUAGCUAGCUAGGAUUAUGGAACAGUAUAAAAGUAUUAUUCAGCAUGUGAAGUUGUGAAGGGGUUUUCUUUGAGAUUUCAUUUAGCUGGGACAGAGACUAUAGGCCUAUGACUUAGUAAAAAAUAUGCAUAAAAGAGCAUUAACUUUGUGUCACAUAUUUUAAAAGGUAUGUAUCUUAGGGUCAUGAAACAUAAUAGGAGUAUUAUUCAGCAAGUAAAAUUGUUUUUCUUGGGUUUUGUUUGAGAUUCUAUCAGUCAGACCAAACUCAGAAAGUAUUUGACUUAGGGUAAUAAAACAUUUAGAGAAUUCUUAUAUGGCAUGUGUUGUGCACCUGGUGUUCUCUGGGAUUUCACUCGGCCAGACCAGAGUUAUGAUCCUUGACAUAGUUAAAAACAACAUAAAGUGCUUGAAAGUUAAUGUUGUAGUUAACUUAAAAAAUAUUUCACCUGAAGUCAGCGGUGGGCACCAGUAUCCUAUGGGUGCACACACCUGGUUUAUGGUAGAUAAUUGUCUGAGUUUGAGUGCCUAAAACAUUUUACAAAUUAAAAGUUUAUAGUGUUGUUAGAUGCACUUUUAUUUCUUAAUAAUAGGCUAUUAUUUAGCUUACACCUGAAUGAUAUAAACAAAUUAUCAAUAAAACAGCUUUUUUAGACUGAAAAUUGUCUUAUAGAGUAAUUUUGAUGAUAACACGAAGAAAAACACAGUUGUAUCUUCUGGUAUAUAUUGGAAAAACAUUAAGGGGCAAUAAUUCCUUUGGAACUGAAAAUUAUCUUUGAGAGUAAUUUUGAUGAUAAAACAAUAUAAUACACAUAUCUACUGGCUUACAGGGUAAAUGUUCAUUACAAAAAUAAGCAGUGGUGGCAAAUGUCUUAUCUUCAAUUUCAACUGGGGGCAAAUGUUCAGCAGUCCAUUCUUUCAAGUUGUUUGUUCAGUUGUUUGGAAAUUUUAAUGUUCUUGCGAGGAUACAGACAAUAUCCCCACCUGAUCAAUAUCACUAAGUGGACAAAACUCCCUCUGAGUUGUUUUCAAUUUAGUUCAGAUUUUCACAUCAUUCUGUAUUGAAAAAUAUCAUACGUAAUAAUUUAAUUUCUUUCAAUCUUAUUUUUAGGGAUGGGAACGAAUACUGAAAUCAGUAUUCGAAUAUUCGGUUUGCCAUAUUCGAAUAUAUUCGAAUAUUCGGUUUGUUUUAAUGGAAGCUUUAAAUUCUUAUUAAGUGAUUGGUAUAUACACAAUGUAUUCAUUUGUUUUAAGCGUGGAUCAUCGUACGUAACAAUGUCAAAAACUGUUUGUUUCGGGUAACCUGAUCCUAACUAGCAAAACCUGCCGAUCCUAGCGUUUUAUUUCACGAUUCUGUCAGUAUAAUCAUGAACAUAUUUAACUAGUUCAGUGUUUUAGCUUCAAAAUGAUAUAAAAACUCAAAACGAUUAUAAUUUAGACCGUCGCAAUUUUAUCUAGGUCGUCCAAUUCAAACACGUGACGCGCUGUUGUAUUACCGCCGCCAUUUUGAAAAUUUUCAAUCGGCGUGUAAAAAUCGUCGUGUAAAAAGCAAGUAAACCUCCUUCAACAUGAACUUAUACAUCAAUCAUAUGUUAUUUCUUGAUUUUAUUAUAAAGUACUUCGAAUUUAAUUCGAAUACGACCGAUUGCCGAUGAAAACUGAUUCUGUGGAUGGUCUGAAACGUCGUACAAAAUAUUGUGAAAAGAUCGACAAUGUCUACAAGUUUGGUAUAUUGUUUUCGAAAAAUAAAUCUACAACUUGUUGCAUAAAACAGGCGCCAAUAAAAAUGAACAAAAGAUAAAAAGAUAUCACAUUUACGCCUGAUACAAACUGUUAAUCCGUAGCGAUGACCCCAGGUAAUUAUGCAUUGCAAUUUUCUUGUUAAUUGGACAUCUUUUGACAUGCAUCUGACACAUUGACGCCUGUUGCAAACUGUUAAACCUUAACGAUGGCCCCUGCCAAAUAUGCAUUGCUAUUUUCUUGUUAAUUGGACAUCUUUUGAUACACGAUAAACCAACAUGAAAUGGUUUUAUUCUGUAGAAUUAGCAUGCUCAUAUUGCCCAAAACCAAUGAUACUUAUUUUGAAAUUUUUUUACGAAUAUUCGAAUUUGAUUUUCAUAUUCGAAUAUUCGACCGAUUUUCGAAUAUUCGAAUAUUCGUUCCCAUCCCUACUUAUUUUUAUUUAAUUAUAGAGUUUUUACUCAACAAAAUCAAGGGAAUUUUGUCCGCAUUGGUCAAAUUGAGGAGGGGUUUUGCACUGGAGAGGUUGUGGGUGUUGGACUUUGUCCUACAUUACUUUUGUUACUGUGUGCUUUCACACUUCUGUUAGGACGCUUAGCAGAAAGUCCUAAACAUUCUGUACUUGAAUUGUUAAAAUGAAUGUGAUAUAUGAGUUUGAUGCUUGUGUACUGUGAAUAUUUUUGUUGUCGCAUUUUGAUAACCAGCUGUACUGAUUAAUUAAAAAGUCAAAAUGA